UCUUUUAUCGAAGACGAAGUACUUCGACUCUCGUUUCAAAUUCAAUCGUUUGGCUUAUGUUUAAAAUAAUUUUACUUUAUAUGUUUUUCUUGAUUUUAAAAAUUAACAUUUAAAUCAAAUCUUGCUAUUUUUGUUACAGUUUUAUAACUAAACACAUUAUCUUUUUAUACUUUAUUCGUCUUAUCGGAAGUAGUUGCAUUUAUAGACAUGAACAAAGGUGCAGCAAAUACGUUUAUACCUGCAUUUUAUGCAGGUCGUAGCAUUUUAAUUUCGGGCGGUACAGGAUUUAUAGGCAAAGCGCUAUGUGAAAAGUUACUGCGAUUUUGUCCCGAUGUUGAUGAAAUUUUUGUUUUGAUCAGACCGAAGAAGGGACUGAACAUAAACGAAAAACUGAAAAAAAUGUUGGAUAACAAGCUUUUUGACGUUUUGCGAAGUGAGCGACCAUCUGCUUUUAAUAAAUUAAUUCCAAUUCACGGUGAUGUAAGUCUUGAGGGCUUAGGAUUGCAACCGAUCGAUAGAGAAAUGUUGAUCGAAAGAGUGUCUAUAAUUUUCCAUGUCGCGGCUUCUGUUCGAUUUGAUGAAAGUUUACGUGAAGCUGUUUUCAACAAUACUAGGUCAACGCGGGAUAUUUGCAUUUUAGUUUUCCUACACGUCAGUUCUACGUAUACGCAAACAAACAAGCCAGUGGUUGAUGAGACACUUUAUCCAUCAGAUUUGGAUUGGAGAGAAGUGAUUAACGUCGCCGAACAUUUUGACGAGCAUAUUUUGAAAACGUUUACAGCAAAAUAUCUGGGAACGAUGCCAAACACGUAUACUUUCACAAAAAGAUUGGCGGAGCAAGUUGUAAGCGACUAUUCAAAGUCAUUGCCUUGCGUCAUCGUUCGUCCAUCCAUAGUUAUCUCUACAGCGUUUGAUCCAGUAAAAGGCUGGCUAGACAAUUUUAACGGUCCUGUUGGAAUGUUGGUUGGCGGCGGCAAAGGUAUUCUUCGUGUUGUGUUUAUCGGGGAUCCUAUCGUUACAUCGAAUUUUAUGCCUGUUGACGUAGCCAUUAAGACAAUGUUAAUAGUGGCGUGA